GCCGCGCUUCGGCCCGGGAGCGGAUUCCGCGGCCUCGGAGCUCCGGGGGUCUGCUGCGCGGCAUGGCGUCGCGGGGUCGUCGGCGGAGGCCGCAGACCGUGGUGCCCGGGGAGGCGGCCGAGACGGACUCGGAGCUCUCGGCGUCCUCGUCCGAGGAGGAGGAGCUGUACCUGGGACCCGCGGGCCCGACGCGCGGCCGCCCCACGGGGCUGCGGGUGGCGGGGGAGGCCGCGGAGACCGACUCGGAGCCGGAGCCGGAGCCCACGGCCGCGCCCCGGGACCUGCCUCCGCUCGUGGUGCAGCGCCAAGCGGCGGGCGAGGCGUGGGGCGCGGAGGAGGCGCCGGCGGCCGCCCCUGCGCGCUCGCUGCUGCAGCUCCGGCUGGCGGAGAGCCAGGCCCGGCUGGACCACGACGUGGCGGCCGCCGUGAGCGGCGUGUACCGCCGCGCGGGCCGCGAUGUGGCCGCGCUGGCCAGCAGGCUGGCGGCCGCGCAGGCGGCGGGGCUGGCGGCCGCCCACAGCGUGCGCCUGGCGCGAGGGGACCUGUGCGCGCUGGCCGAGCGCCUGGACAUCGUGGCCAGCUGCUGCCUGCUGCCGGACAUCCGCGGCGUCCCGGGGGCCGAGCCCGAGCAAAACCCGGGACCGCGGGCCUAGCCACGGCCCUUCUGCCCCACCGGACUCUGCCGCAUGGGGGUGGGCUUUCCCCCGCGUGUCCCCUGUCGCCUCCACCCCCGCCUUCCUGUUGCCCUCGUGGCUAACCCGCCCGCUGGGGAAGAGCCGUGUGUUGGGUUCUGGCCGGGCUAUGUCCUUCCCGCCGGGGGCCGGGGGCCUGGUCGGGGUGACCCCGCUUCUCAGCUGCACCUGGGGGCCAGCCCCACCUCCUGAAUUUCACCCCCCAGGCUUGUCAGGGCUUCCAUCUCCAGGCGCUGGUCCUGCUCGGCCACCUCGUGGCUCCUCCCCCUUGGGUUUAGCCCCACCCCCUCAGCCUGACACUGGACCUGAGGGUGGGUUUUGCUUCCUCUGGGGUUUCUCAUCCUACCGACACCCCCCCCCGCCCCGGGCACCCCCCACAGCUUCCCUCCUCACGCCCCCAGUGACGCCUCCCCACUCCAGACCUAGUGCUCGGGGCCGGUCCAGCCUGGUGCUCUGGGUGGGAGGUUUGGAGACAACCGCGGGCCUGGUGCUCACUGCCUUGGUUCCCAGACCUCAGAGGUGCCAGGUUUCUGAUUCCACCAGGGGCUCUGCUGCCGCUUCUCACCCGCUCCCUCCCCUGGGUCCUGGGCACCCUCCCAAUCUGGAGCCGGAGACCUGAGCCCCUAGGGAGAAGGGGGGGGGUCGUGGGCUGGUGAUGCGGGGGCCCUGAGACCCCCAGGCCUGCCUUCUCAGCAGUGGAGCUGCAGCUGGGUGGGCAGGGCUCUGCUGUUGUGCACGGGUUGUUUUCCGUUCAUUCACUUGCAUUUGGAGAUCGGCACUAGGUGGGGGGGAGCCCCCAGCCCUGCCUGCCCUCACGGCCCAGCGGGGGGGCAAUGUGAAUAAACCUGAACAUUGCUAGU